GUUUCGAUGACUGCGAUAUCCAGCUCCACCACCUCCUCCACAUCCACCAGCAGUACGAGCUCGACCUCCACCAGCAGCAGCUCCACCCGUACCAUCACCACUACAAGCACACCGCUCCCACUGCUCAUCGAUCGAGCGGAGUUUUCGCAAGGAUUCUCCAGGCUCCUCAUUACUUUCAAUCAGCGAGACACCACUGCCGGGUCUGACCCUGACUGCGCGACAAUCUUUACCGCAGAUACCAUGGCUUUGCUUGGCUCUUCACCCAGCUGCACUUGGAAGGCGACCCAUCGGAGCCUGGACGUGGCCUUGGGUCAACAACCCACGGUACAGCCGGGGAGCUUACUGGAGACUUUGCCUGGUGCUUUGGCUCCCGAGCGCUUUGGCAGCCUGACUGCGACCGUCGAAACUGGCGAGGCUGUGGUACAGCCACAUGCAGUUGUGCAGGCGUCUCCCUUGAUUCUUCAAGCUUGUGGCCGUGUCCUGGUCUCUGCCGUGGCCUCCACCGGCUCUGCCGGUCGUGGCUUCACGGUCGUCUGGUCGUUGGGGCCACAGAGCACCGUUCCCUUGGCUCAGCAGCUGCAGGCAACAGUCAGCGCUGCCACCGAGCUUUCGUUUGAAAUCCCGACUUUGGAGUUCUUUGCCGCAGUGGAGACGACCAAAGCCACGAUGGGAAGCAGCUUUUACUCUACAGACAUCAAGCUUGAGUUCGUGGUUGAGAUCACCAAUUGGUUGGGUGUGUCGGACCAGGCCUCGGCAGUGGUGCAGCUGGAGAAGUCGGACGUGCCGAUUUUGAUCGUGAACCCGACAUCUCCAUUUCAUCGACAGAUCUUCAACAGUGAGGAAGUCAAGUUCUCUGUGGAGACAAGACAUGCUGACACCUCCUGCGGCACUCAGACUGCGGUCGAAACUCAAAACAUUGUGGUGAAUUGGGAAUAUCGAGAUGAAUCAGGAGCCUGGAUGGAUUUUGCCAAUUCCGCACUGAUCGAUGUGGACCGUCGCCCUGGCGCCUUGUGCUUUGACCCUUUCUCCUUCGCGGCCAACUCCACGCACCACUUCCGGGUCACAGCGGGCUACGCCAACUCCAAGGCCACGCAGUACAACUUUAGCCUUUCCGUGGCAGCAGCCCCUCCUGUGGUGCGGCUGGUGGCACCCAGCAGUGUCUCCACAGAGUGCAACUUCGGCUUGAAUGCUUCGAGUUCUUUCGAUCCCUCAUUGCCACUGGGUACAUUUGCCGAUCUGGCCUACCGGUGGAGCUGCGUGGACCAAGCUGGUGGUGACUGUGGACUCCCCGGAUCCACUGGUGCACAGCUUGACAUCACAGGCAAUCAAUUGGACGCAGGCAUGUACAACUUCAGCGUUCAGGUGAGCCGAGGAGCAAAUGUAGCAGAAGCCUUGUGGCAGCUCCAGGUGAGCAGUGGCAAUCGUUCUGUGCCAGUGGCCUUCGCCAUGCCCUUCAGCAGCGGCGAGGCUGUUUCCACGCAAGUGGGCCUUCGUGGGGCGGUGAGAGCCUACGUGCAAACCAGCACUGGCUGCUUUGUGCCGGAUGGCUGGGCAUGGAGCUUCGCUUUGGCAGAGGAAAGCGGUUCCUUCUUGUCUUUUUUAAAGACAAGCUCCGUGGUGGACGCUGAUGGGCUCACUCUCUCCUCAUCCGAUUUUCCGGGCUCGGCCUUAAUCCCAGGGCGGCGCUAUGUCUAUUGGAUGUUACAGAUGGAGACGCAGGAGGAAAUGGAUCUUUUGCAAUCUCAACUUCCCGAAUCUCUCACUGAAGCUGUUGCACGUGGAGCACGUGUGGUGGAGUCACCACCGUUUUUGGCGGAUGGACCACCCUCUGGUGGACUCGUGCAGAUCAGCCCGCCGCACGGGAUCGCCUUGACCACCUCCUUCUCUGGGAAGACCACAGGAUGGUAUGAUGAAGAUGUGGACAGUCUUAGCUUCGAAUACUAUCUCCUUCCACUCCGACAGAACAUCACACUCUCCGUUGGAGAUGGAGGAUCGCUGGCGAUCGAUGGCACCUUCGUGCCACCCAUGGUGGACUAUACCAACUCCACCAGUCCCAACUAUUGGGCGAAAUUGGGUGGAAGCGUCGGAGGGACGUUCCUGGCGAACGUCACCGACCCCUCGGCCGCACUUUGGGAUCUUCAGAUUGCAGCUGGGUCCUAUGUUAUGGCAGUGGUUGCACGUGACAGAUUAGGAGCUGUGUCCGCAGCAUAUGCCCCUGGACCUUUGGUGGAACUUCCCGCAGGCGGUGUGACUGCGGACAUGGCACUUCGAUUCCUGGAUUUAGCUCUCGCGCGAAGUGAUGAGUUUCCUAUACUGCACACCUUGGAUUCGAUCGCUUCAGUGGACGUGAUCACCAACAACUCGGCCGAAUUGGUGGCAGUCAUCGAGAAGCAGACGGAGGCCGUAGGCGCAGCGGCAGACGUCAUGGGGCCAUCUAUGGAGAGUCUCAUCACCUUUGGUGACGUUAUGACCCGGGUGCUGCCCACAACGACCGCCUCCGCUGAAGUCACUGCCACCAGCAGCGCAGCACUGACGGCCGUCACGGAACAGGUCUCCACUGCUGUGGAAACAGCACUGGAUGUCUCGCUUUCAUUUCAAGGCGUGAACCCUGCUGCCGGCUUGUCGCUGUUGCGUGCCACCUCCGCGGUGGCCGAAAGCUUCCAGAGUGUCAACAGCUCGACAGUGGAGCGUGAAGCGCAAACCGCCAAGCUGCAGACGCUGUUCUCCAAGCUGGGCACCGCACUGUUGCUGCAGCUGGCUGACGGCCAGACCACGGAGAUCGCCUCUGUGGCGAGCGACGGCACGGGCACAGAACUUUCCGUCUUCAAGGAGUUGGCGAGCACAGCUGCCGAGUUUGGGAUCACCUCCCUGGACACUCAGAUUCCGGGCUCAGCUCUGGGCCGGCGGUUGCAAAGCGAGUGCAACUCUUUGGCUGUGCAGACCAUGACCUUCCUGCGCAGCAAUCCCUUCAGCUACCUGUUCGAAAGCGAUUUGGGUCUGAACCGCUAUGUGCACCCAAAUGCCACGGUGAGUUCGCUGGAGAUCAAGCGCUGCGACACGUUGCUCGAGCGGUCGAACCUCGAUCCGCCUAUCACCAUGAAGCUGCCGCUGAACCCAGCAGUUGGAAGCCCACCAGAUGGCUAUUCCUUUGAACCAGCGUGCGUGCGACUGGAUAAGCAAGAGGGGCUCUCACAGGCUUGGACAUCUGCGUCAGUGACUUGGUUGCUUCCCUCAUCCAUCGAGGCCACUUCCAUCGAGUGCUUUUCCACCGAGUCUGGUGGGGUCUUUGCAGGCAUCUUCCUGCCGGUCCUUUUGCCUCAGACCUCCACGACAACGCAGACAUCGCAGACCACCGCGAGAGGGCAGAAUUUUGCUGCCUUCCCAAGUCCACAGGAUGAAGGUGCAGAAGGAGGAUUUCUGGCAGGUUCUAUUCUUGCUGGAUUUUCCCUGGUGACGGUCUGCGGGAUCAUCAUGUGGCAAGUCUAUCAGGGCAAUGUGUCUGUUGCCAGACCUGACCUAUCUUGGAUGGGCAAACCAUGUUUCAGGCAGACAGCCCCCUUGAAGCCAGAGACAGAGAUGAAGCCUGAUGUGAAGCCAAAGCAAGCUUGGGCAGAAACGGAAGAAGUGGUGCUGCAGAAGCAGAAGCAGAGGGAUGCCGAGGAGAACUUCUGGUCUUGGGUCACCGACCUGACGCAAAGCUCUCCCAGCCGCAGUUUGGGUCAACCUGGGCCGAGAGUUAUGACUCCAGGCGUCAGGGGCCCACCAUUGCCCCCCCUGCCACCUUUGCCUUUUGCGGUCUGGCAGCAAUCGGACAAGGAGGAGUACUUCAACAACUUCGCGGAGGAGCUGCGGCAGAGCGCACCGCCACCGCCGCCGAAGCGUCCGGCGCUUGGCUCUGUGCCUAAGCCGCCGCCGCUGCCAGUGGAGCGGCCGAUGUCGCCCUUCCCACCCUACGUGAACGCCUACCGGAUCGAGGUCCGUGUGCACCAGGACUUUUUGGACUGGGCCAACGACUUCCCUCUGGUCCCAGUGGCAGAGGAGGAUGCUUCUCCGCCACCUUUGCCACCUCCGCUUCCGCCGAAAGCAUGGGCAGCUGUGGACGACUCGGACGACGUGGGUUAUCCAAGUCCAAUUGCGUUGCCCAACCCCCGGCUGUGGCAGCAACAGGCUGCAAGCGCUGCGAGCAAGGCGAGGAGUGUUGCCAAAGCAGCUUUGCCCCUCGCGAUGCCGUCGAUGCCCAGCAGUCCACCGCCUAUAAGCGCCUCUCCUGCGAAGGCUUCAGCAGCUUCACCGGUCUCGCCGUUGCCUCCAACGGUGAAAGCCGGUUCAAUGUUGUCGAUGUCUUUGCCCGGGCAGCAGCCGCUGCACCCGCCAGUGCCCAAAGGCGCUCCCUCUCGAGCGUCUGGCGCCAGAACGCCUCGAGGCAUGAUGGAGAGUGAUAGAAAUGAGUCACCGCCAACGCCAAGAGAGUGAUCGCCCUUGCGAUCCGCUCGCACAAGCGAUAAGCACGGAGUUCUGAUGUCUCCAGGGCUCCCCCUCGCCGUGUCUAGUAGUUCGUUGAAGCCGUUGAUUUUAAAAAGGUUGCAAGGAACAUCAAGGAAC